ACAAAAAUAUAAAUAAAGAGAUGUGAGAAGGGGAUCGGUAGAAGACCCCAGAAUUUUCCCCAAUGUCUCCUCUCCUUCAUGAACCCUAGUUCACAAAUCCAUGAGUAACAAGAUGGUGUCAGAGCGGGACGAAUCCUGUGUGGUUCUCCUGUGAUUCCGAUUGAGUUUGGUCGUCGGUGGGGUGCUGUGUCGCUCCUAUUGUUGGAGGUGCUUCUGCUGCUGGCUUUGCUGUAAGUGUUGGGAAGCGACCUCGAUUCUGUCCGAAUCAAGUACAAUCGGGGAGGCUCCUGCAGCUACCAGUUGAGUUGAAUAGAGCUUGGGCGUCUGGACUCCCUCGCCCGCUACAAGCUAAUUUUUCUCUCCUGCCAUCCGGCGCCGUGAGCAGGUCUAGUUCGUCCCCAACUUGACUCUCGGACUCCUUGAGCAUCUGUGUUUUUUAUUGCUUUAGAAGAAGAAUCAGUGUUGCCUGGAGCUGCUUUGGUGGUCAGCUGGCCGGAUUAAACAAUACUAUUUGCUAGUGUUGCAAUCUGAAGUAAUUGCCGUACUCUUUGACACAUUGUUGAGCUGUACUAGUUGGUUCCUCUUUGUGCUGCACGUGUUUGAGAAGAAGAACCAAGUACUAGUGUUGGAAUAUAUUCUUGCUCACUGAACCAUGGGAGAUCCAAGUAAAGAAAAAACAGGGGAUUCUAGUGUUGAUAAGAUGUAUGAAAUAUUUAGCAAACUGCUUGAGCACCAGCACCAAUCAAAGGCUGCUGCUGAGCCAGUUAAGCAUACACUUGAGCCAAAUCCAGUCAGACUAUCAGGACCUGGUGACUACAUCAGUUGGGCACGCCAUGCCAAAUUGAUUCUGAGCGCCAAUGACUAUGAUUAUUUACUUGUUGGCAAUGAAGAAAGUUUGGAGAAAGGCGGUGCAGGCAGGAAACAAAUCAAUGAUAAAGUACUAGUAUGGCUGUUGGGAAGUAUGGAACCAAAAAUUAGAGAACAAGUGGAAGGCAUGGACACUGUUUGUGAGGUCUGGUCAUCUUUGAAGAAACAAUUUGCAGGGAAAACAAAUAAAAUGCAAGCCACCCGUAUCAUGCAUGAGUUAACUAAUUUGAAGCAGCGCUCAAGAUCUGUAACAGAGUAUGCAGGUGAAGUAAAGAAAUUAUACAGAGACUUACAUUAUCAUCACCCUUUUGAACCUGUUCACAAGGAUGACUUGGCAAUUCAUCAUGUGUGGUUUGAGUCGUUUGUGAGCAAGCUCUUUCUUGAUGGCCUAGACCAGGAACUAAACCUCCGUCGUCAAUUGAUAUUUGCAAUGCCUGAGUGGCCUAGUCUUGAUGAUAUUAUUUCUAGCAUGAUUGAGGAGGAGACUCGUUUGGCACAACCGAAGGAGGAUGGUCAGGAGCGUGCAGAUGCUCGUGCUGCAUUAUCCGUACAACCUCGUCGUGCUACAAAUUCCUUUGGUAAGGUGGAUAAAAGCAAAUUGCUUUGUGACCAUUGCAAGAGAAAAGGACACACCAAGGGUGAGUGUUUUGAGUUGCAUGGUUAUCCACCUUGGUGGGAUAAAGGGAGAUCUCGGCUAGGGGGAGCUCGGGGUUCAAACAAAAGACAAGCUAAUUACAAUGCAUCUGCAAGGGAACUACCUGUGGUAGAUAUGCAAGCUCUUGAGGAUUUCAAAUCCAAGCUCAAACUCUCUGAAGGCUCAUCUUCGUCCCAAGGUUCCUCCAAACUUGAUUCUAGCUUUAAUGCCAUCACCCAAGGUAUGGAAUCCCACCAAGCCCAGUCAAGGUCAUGGAUAAUUGAUACUGGAGCUACUAACCACAUGACAGGAGCCUCAAACUUGUUUACUUCCUACACACCUACCUCUGGAGCUUGGGACAGGGAGAGUUCUCGGGACUGGGACCAUGCAUGAGGGACUCUACUAUCUUGAUGAAGGGGGAGAUGAAAUUGCUCUUGCAACCUGCAUGUCUCCUACUCAAGAAUUGUUACUUCACCACCGAAGAUUGGGACACCUCUCUUUUGCUGCUAUGUCACGUAUUUAUCCCUCUCUCUUUAAAUUGUGUUCUAGAGAAUCCCUUGUAUGCGAUGCAUGUGAAUUAGCAAAACAUACAAGGGGUACCUAUCCUAGCAAGGGUUUGCGAAGUCAUAAACCAUUUGAAGUAAUACAUUCUGAUGUUUGGGGGCCCUGUGAGGUUUAUUCUAUUUCUGGA